AUGCCGCCUCGAUCCUCGCUCACCAGCUCCUUCUCCGUCACCGACGCCAACAAUGAAGUCGUCUGUCCCUUGAAGAAUAACGACGGGUCCAAUUGUCGCAAACGAUGUCUGGGGGAAAAACGCUAUCGCUCCAUGCAGGAGCACAUCCGUCGCGCCCAUCCCAACCACUACAUCCCGAAGCUCCCCGCGACCGAGGAGAGCUUCAUUCUCAUGGUCAACACCCCACCCGAUCAACGGCCCCAGCUCUCCCCGUCCAACCCCAAUCCCCCGUCUCGACGACGCAAUGACCGCGACAUCUACGUCGCCGAUGCCAGUGAGCCCGCCACCCCGCGCCCUAUGGACGAUACCCAUCCCGCCGCCGCCACCGCCGCCGUCGCCCUGGCCCAAUUACACCACAAUCGCUUGGUCUCCGACUGGGAGACGGACAUGGAAUCCCACUCCGACAAUGACAUCAGCCGCGACCGCAUGCGAUCCUCCAUCGAGCUCCCCUCUCUGCGCGACCACUUCAAGCAGGACUCCCUCCCGCCCUUCUCCCCGCGACCGCGCGAACUUCUCCCCUCCAUCCUCAACCACUCGCCCCCAGGUCGCUCCUCCACCCUUCCCCCCAUCCAGCAAAAGAAGUGGCCGCGCCCGCGCAAAUCCUCCAUCUCCGGCGCUCGCAAGCCCAAACAUGAACGCUCCAAGUCCAAGGAGUACGGUCGCCGCCCCAGCUUAGGCGAUCGCAAAGCCCUGUCCGCCGAACCCCAGACCGCCGCCUGGGCUCAGGGCAAGCGCUGGGAGGAUCUGAUCGAAGCCGCGACUUCGGCGACCGAGGCCGACGACGAACGCCAUUCUGAGGUAGGUCACCUUUCACUACCCGUCGCAACCUUUAGCUCAUCCCACAGGUCGGUCGGUCGCCCACCAUCCCUCCGGUGUCCAGCUUCACCUCCGCCCCCAUGGGGAAGAAUCGCUCGUCGCUUCCCCCGGGAUUCCAAGGACUGCCGCCCCCGACCUCGCACCGUCCGUUCCCGCCUCAUCCCUACGCCGCGUCGCCGUUGA